CUCUCUCUCUCUCUCUCUGCCAGACUCGUAGUCCGGCCAAGCUCCGAGAUAGAGGAGCUUUUGUCCGCGAGAUAGGGAAGAGAGCACGCGGAGCGUGUGUCACUGGCCUGAUCCCUCAAUUUCCAGUCGCUUGUGCGCAGGAGGAGAGACAGGGCAGGCAGGCAGGCAGGCGGGCGAGGGGAGAGAGAGAGAGAGAGAGAGAGAGAGAGAGCGCGAGCGCGAGAGAGAGAAGAGGGAGAGUCUGGGGAUGGGGAUGGGGGGAGGGCAGGGUGUGGGGAGGAAAUUGCAGGGAUUGUUGUUGUUGGCUAAAGUCCAGCAGUGCUAGUUUCUAUAAGCAUGAGUCCUCGGCAGCAUCUUGCCACUCGUCGUCGUUGUUGUUGUCAGCGCGUUUGUUGACGCUUCGGGGCUGGCGGAUCUCUUCUGCUCUCUUUCUGCCUCUCGGUCUCAGCACCCUCUAUCUGUUUUUCCGCUGGUUUCUGUCUUUGUGACGUGAUCGUUUUCUUGGCAGUUCCGAGGGACUCGCACGCGCUCUGGCUCUAAGUACUCCCCCCCCCCCCCCCCCCCCCCCCCCCCCCCAGUCGUUGGAGAUGGAAUCCACAUGAUUUUAGAAGUGAUCGACUUACACUUGUAUCAGAGUUCGAGUUAGAUAGGUGAGGCAUUGGGUGCGACCAAGUCAUUCUCACGUGGAUCACAGACGGUGCCAACGGCAACAUGAUGAGAAGAUCAUCGUCAAGAAGGACAUCUUCUGGGGUGCUGCCUGCCACUGCCACCGCAUCUGCAGGGAACAAGGCUGCCGCUAAGGAGCAGGAAAAGAUUGAUGCCCUGUUUGCUCAGUAUGUGGACAGAAACGAAGAAUCCUGUAUAGGGCCUGAAGGAAUAGAAGCUUUGUGCCAAGAUCUUGGACUCUCGCCAACAGAUAUUCAAGUGUUGCUUCUAGCAUGGAAGUUACAAGCCUCCAGACAGGGUUAUUUCUCCCUGGACGAAUGGAGGAGAGGGCUGAAAGCUAUGCGAGUUGAUAGUCUGGAGAAACUUAAGAAAGCUCUUCCAAUACUUCAGCAAGAGGUAGCUAAUUUGUAUACCUUCAAGGAAUUCUACACAUUCUCUUUUCAGUAUUGCUUGACAGAACCUCGACAGAAGACUCUUGACCUGGAGACGGCAUGCCAAAUGCUAGAGUUGGUACUGGGACCUCGACCACAUUUGUCGAACUUCGUACAGUUCUUGCAGGAGCAAACUGAGUACAAGGCUAUGAAUCUUGACCAAUGGAACGCCUUUCUUCGAUUCUGUGAUGAGAUCAAACCCGACCUUAGCAACUACGAUGAAAAUCAAGCCUGGCCAUUGCUUCUUGACAACUUCGUGGAAUGGGCCCGUAAGGGCAGGAAUUGCUGAGGAGUGCCAUCAGGGCUUCAAAUGGUGUUUUCUUAUGGCCGUUUCAUGCAUUGAGCAAGAAAGACUGGUUACGGACCUAGCUUUAUGACCGUGUACAGGUGGUUUUCUGAAGCAGUAUGCUCAGCGUUGGGACUUAUUUUAGUGGUUGCAACAGGCAGCACUGCUGAUCUUGGAUUGGGUGAAGGAGACACCAUUAGCGCACUGGAUAGAUCAAAAUGAUACCGAAAAUUGGUGAAAUUCUGGAGAGUUUUUAAACGUCUUUGCGGCUCUUAGAGUUAUAAGUUGCUCCAUUAGAGGCCUUUGGAAUUCCCGGAGAAUUAUACCUGCAUAUGCGCUUCAUGUCCAACCAUCGAGUUUGCAGUUUAGUGGCCUCUUGCCAAUAGAAGCAGCCAAGAGGUGUUCGACCUUCUGAAUCUCCUCUGACGUGAGGAGUACAACAGGAGAAGUCAGGUGGGAGUGUUGCAGCAGCGGCGUGAUGCUUACAAUAAAGAACGGUGAUCAUGACAAAUAGAACAAAUUCGUUGCAUCUCCUGUGCGAAUUUUCAUGGCAAGAAAGGGCCCAGUCAGUAAAAAAGAGCAGCUAUAUGCAUGUUGCAUCUGCUACGCGCACGCUGCCUAUCCAAUUCGUAGGUUCCUUGGGAGUCUACGAAUGAUUUCCACUCGCGGAGGCAAGUUUAUCUUUCAUGAUUUAAUGGAAUUUGGGAAGAUUUUCUUCCAAUGUUAACUCACUUGCACAUUGCUUUUCGCAUAAGUUGGAAGAAUGUCCUCUGCGAAGCAAGCAAACCAAUGGUUCAUGUUUCUUCUCCUCAACAGGAUUUUCUGCGUCAUUUUGAAAGCAGAGUAAUAGCAAGUAUCAUAGUAUACUUGCUGAUGAAAGAUGAGCUGUAUAAUCAGUCCUUGCCAGUUAUCCUGCAGUUUUCCUAGAAACUGACUCACUUAGGCUUUCAUCCAUACCGCACUACCAAAUUAAAUUGUCUUUGUCGUAACAGCUGUGCGUAACGC